AUGUCAUUCCCAGAGGCUCUCCUAGAAAAAGCCAGGUACCGGUCUGAUAGCAUCCGCGAGGCCCUCAAUGAUCCCGAGCAGAACACUACUAGCGCGCAGUUUGACAAGAGCAAAUUGCCCUCUGAGCCGGUCUGGGAUAAGGGUAGCACGACCAAAGUGGCGGUUGAUGCUCCUCCUACGGGGAAGAUGAUGGAUAAAACGAGGGAUCCUGCUGGGGUUAGGUGA